UUGCUGCAGACAACAGAAGUCUGAAAGCUUGUACAAAACAAACGCCACUGAACAGUUAUAUCCGUCUGUCACUCACAGAUAAAGCUCAGCUUCACCAUGAACAACUGCUCCUAUGACGCUGUUAACACCUUUGCCAAUUCACUACAGUUAGUCGUCUAUAUCCCCACCUUCGCUUUGGGCCUUAUCCUGAACUCACUGGCACUCUUUGUGUUCUGCAUCCAGCUGAGGAAGUGGACAGAAUCAACCAUUUACAUGACUAACCUUUCACUAAUGGACCUCCUGCUCCUGCUCUCCCUGCCUUUCAAGAUGCACGCAUCCCAGAACGAAUGGUCUGUCAACAAAAAAAUGUUCUGCACUUUCCUGGAAAGUCUUUACUUUGUCAGCACGUAUGGAAGCAUAUACACAAUCAUGUGCAUCAGUAUUGACCGGUACAUUGCAAUUAAGCACCCUUUCAAGGCCAAAGUCUUGAGGUCGCCAAAAAAGGCACUAAUAGUCUGUGCUGUCAUCUGGGUUGUAGUGUGGACAGGAACAUCCCCUGUGUAUAGUUUUCACAAGGAUAAAGAUGCUAACCUGCUCCGAUGCUUUCAUGGCUUUUCGGAGGAGUCUUGGAAUCCUGCAGUUAUCAUCAAUCUGGAAAUCUUUGGAUUCCUAAUCCCAAUGCUGGUGAUGGUCUUCUGUUCCAUCCAGAUCAUUAGAACACUUAAACAAUCACAGCGGAACCCUGACAUGCAAAAUAAUAAGACUUGUAUCAGAAUCAUAUAUGCCAACCUGUUUGUAUUCUUGGUGUCUUUCACACCAAGCCACCUGGGGAUUUAUCUGCAGUUCCUUGUUCGCCAAAAUUAUUUUAAGGAGUGCAAUACAACAGAAAAGAUCAGCCUUUUUGUUCAAAUAACCAUGUGUCUGGCUAACAUCACCUGCUGUCUGGAUGCGAUUUGUUAUUACUUCAUUACAAAGGAACUCCGCUCAUCAUCGAAGGAUAAUAUCAGAAGAUUCCGAAGCCAUAGGGUUAACACUAUAAUGACUGAAGUGUGAACAGACGUUUUCUAAAUGCAUAGAGGCACUGAGCAUGGGUUACAGGCUCAUAAACAAUGACGGAUCAGUGUACGCAGCAGUGGUUGUUUGAAUAUGCAUACUUUCAGAUAAUGUGUGCAUUGACAAUGGACAUCUUUUAUCCUUUCGACUGCUGUAUUUAUAUCUGAUUAAAAAUGAAGUGGGAUCUUCAAGUCUUCUUUAAGGCCACUAUUAAAUCAUCAGUGGUACUGCAGAAGAGGUGUGUGCUCAUAGAGAUUGACUUUGGAAGUUCAUAAAGCAUCUUUUGGAUACAAUAUUGAAAGAAAAGAGUGUUACUGUGUGCAAGAGAUUACUUAAAUAGCCAUUAAACAUUAAGGAAAAAACUUUAAAAAUAAUUAUUUAAACCUGGGAGAAAUAAGACUUCACAUGCAUUUAUGUACAGAAAAUUGUGAAAACAUCACUUUGGUUAUUGAAAAUCGUUAAAUAUCAAAAAAGCAAGUCUUUCCCAAAUUGAUUCUAUCCCAUUUGUAAUUAGUAUUAAAGAUGAAUGUCUAUAUAUUUUUGGAUGCACUAUAUUUUGGUUGAAUGCUGUUGUCUUAAAUGUUAACUUUAUACUACCAUGCUACCAACUUUUAAGUUAAAUUAAGUGGUUACCACACCCAAAAAAGGCAGAAGUGACAAUGGGUUAUGUUUUUGUACCUGUACAUACACAAGCAAUUAUUAUCUUUCUGUCAAGUUACUGUAUGUAUCAUAAAAUAAUUAUGUUGAACCUUAAUUUGUUAGACCAGCACUCUGUUCAGGGUCUUAGUCAAAGAUAUGUGUUUUUAGCAACAUUCAACUUUUGAACUUUCUGGUGGAGCUGGGUGGGACACUUUCUUAACAUUCCCCUUCUGGCCACCUGAUUGCUGUUGUGUUUUCAAGACUAAACUAAAACCUAUCAACUAGGCCUACACCCACACUCAUACCCCAGUUCCACUUACCACCUACUCAAGUGUAGCCACUCCCUUUAUGGGUACACACUACUUCAUAUUCUCUUUUUUCACUUUGUUGAGUAUACCUUUUAGCGAUUGACACACGAUAAGUCAAAGAACAAGUGUGAUCUUACAGAAGUCAAAUACGGUACAAGCACACAUGACUGAAUUUCAGCUGUCUGUUCAGCUGCAUGAGACUUUUUUGAGAAUUAGUUUAGAAUAUGUUGUAGAAAAUAGUUAUGGGUCACUCGCAAUCAGAUUUACACUUUUAGGCAAGUUACACCUCUCUCCUAACAACAUGGUGAAUUCUGUGAGUAAGCUGUUUUGGUUUAUCUGAAUGACUAUUGAACUGAAUAGGAAUAUUGUAGUUAUAACUCAUCCUCAGGAAAAUAAAAACAAUUACUUUGAAUACUGAUGUAUACAGUUCAACACCAUAUACUGACUUGUGUAUACUCUGAUCAAAAGAUGGAAUGUCAACUUUUCAAUAUUAAAACGUUUAUCUAAAAAACACCAUUAUAUUAUUUAAGCUAUACUGUAUAUUACA